GCCGGGGACCGUAAUGCUGGGACACAUUUUGUGCCGUGCUUGUUGUUGGGCAGGAACGAUUAGGUGUGUGCACACCAAGCUGAAUUAGAUUUGUGUUGAUUUUCAGAGAUACUGUGCGAAUAAAAUAGCAACUCCGUUUUCAUUUAAAAUAGCUUAUAUUUUCUACGUCAUGGCGGGGAACUUCUGGCAAAGCUCACAUUAUUUGCAGUGGGUCCUUGACAAACAGGAUUUGAUGAAAGAACGACAGAAGGACCUGAAGUUUUUGGCAGAAGAAGAGUAUUGGAAAUUGCAGAUCUUCUUUGCCAAUGUUAUUCAAGCUUUAGGAGAACACCUGAAGCUCAGACAACAGGUUAUUGCAACUGCUACUGUUUACUUUAAGAGAUUCUAUGCCAGAUAUUCGCUUAAAAGUAUAGAUCCUGUUCUCAUGGCUCCAACCUGUGUGUUCUUGGCAUCCAAAGUAGAGGAAUUUGGUGUUGUCUCGAAUACCCGGUUGAUAUCAGCUGCUACAUCUGUAUUAAAAACUAGGUUUUCAUAUGCCUUCCCAAAGGAGUUCCCAUACAGGAUGAAUCAUAUACUGGAAUGUGAAUUCUAUCUAUUAGAACUAAUGGAUUGCUGUUUGAUUGUGUAUCAUCCUUAUAGACCUCUUCUUCAGUAUGUACAGGAUAUGGGGCAAGAGGACAUGUUACUUCCUCUAGCAUGGAGGAUUGUGAAUGACACAUAUAGGACAGACCUCUGUCUCUUGUAUCCACCAUUUAUGAUUGCACUAGCUUGCUUACAUGUUGCUUGUGUGGUGCAGCAAAAGGAUGCAAGGCAGUGGUUUGCUGAGCUUUCUGUCGACAUGGAAAAGAUCCUUGAGAUAAUCAGAGUUAUUUUGAAGUUGUACGACCAGUGGAAGAACUUUGAUGAUAGAAAAGAAAUGGCUGCUAUUCUCAACAAGAUGCCUAAACCAAAGCCUCCUCCAAACAGUGAGAGUGAUCAGAGUUCCAAUGGAAAUCAAAACUCUUCCUACAAUCAAUCGUAGGACAUUCUGGAAGCGAGGACUGUGACCACAGAGGAUAUUUGAGCAGAAUAUAUGUGAAACUGGGAGCAAUAUAUACAAAAAAAAAUAAAAAAUCAUUAUCAUGGGUGAAGAAGUUGGCAGCCUAUUGUAUGGACCAACCUUUUUUUUGGGGGCGGGGGGGGGGGGGGUUCCAUCUCAGAUGCUACAUUUACACUAAGGGUUUUUAAACAUCUAUGAUUACGUGGUGGGUGACUGACAUCUUGUCCCAAUUUGCAAUGUAGUGUGUUGUAUGAUUUGGAACCGUAAAAACUGAUGUACCAUAAAUACCAAAAUGAUCAGUAGCUAAAGGAGUGUACUGAAGCCUUUUUUUUUUUUUUAAAUCUUUUUAUGAUGUUUUCAGAUGUGUAUAUGUGUACAGUGAUUUGGGUGCUGUACAACUUUAUUGAUAAUCUAAAGGAAUAGCUGUAAGUCAGUAAAAUAUGCAGCAUGUACUGUUGUAAAAUUAUUUGAAAACUCCUUUUCUUAGGUGGUGGUGGUGGGAGUUUCUAAUGUGAUGAAACUCAUCUUUUACCUCCAGCGCACUUCUGUACUUGGACAAGUUACUGUGGACAUAAUUCCAUGUGCUGUAACAAUGCACCAUCUUGUUUGGUGCAAAUUGGUACUGUACUUUUAAUUUGUAUGUGUGAGAAUGUAAGACUUAUGCAGGAGAGGGGAAGGGGAUUUUAUAGAAGCUAGCAUAAAGAAGGAGGAUAUAAAAUAAGUCAUACUGGCAUUGUUUGCAUUAGACAACCAUAUGCUUUCCCUGGUAAGCUAUCUGCACAUUUGUCUUUUUGAAACAGCAGACUGGGGUUUGAAUUUCUUGAUCUUUUUGUUCUUACUCACAAUUAGGUUUUGUUAUAACACAUGCCCACUUUGUAUCUAAAAUAUAUUUUGAUCAUACUUCUCAUACCUUUUGUGGAGUAAAAAUGAUGCUGAUUGCUCAUUGUUGCACACAGCAGAUAUUUUGCACUAAGGAGGAAAUAGUGUGUACUCUACAGUUAAGAAAAACAAUAUAUAUGUCAAAACUUCUUAGUCUGGAUACUUCUUAAACCUUUUAAAUCUAGAAAAUAAAUAGAAUUAUACAUAAGGAACUAAUUGGGUAAAUCUAUAAAUUGUUCAUCUAUUCUGUUCUGUUAUGAAGCAGGUCAAACGGAGUGCUAAUCUGGUUUUAUAAGUGGAGAUUGUUUAAAAGUAUUCAUUGGUUAUUUGAUGGGUAUUAUUGCAGUUUAAGGGCCCUUUCUGUUUUGGAUGGGACAACAAUAUACUUUUAAAAGCUUUCUGGAGAUUGGGAAAGUUUAUGAUGCCGUGUGAUGCAGACAGCAAACAGUCAUGGUUAUUAUAAUUGUUAUACUUGCCAGCCAGUGUGUAUGAAGUUAUUUCAAAUGUUGUUGAAGUGGGUGUUCAUUUUGUUUUCAAUUUGACUUGUGUGUUGGGGCUGUUCCCAAUAGUAAAUUCACUACGAGCCGUGUCCUAUGAAAACAACAGGAAAUGUUUUUUCUUUUUUUUUAUCUUCUGAAAUGUAAGCUUGAAUGCCUUAACAGUAAGCUGCUGAUUUAAAAAAAAAAAAAAAAAACUUGAAUAUUAAAUAGACUGUGAAACUGUCUAAAAUAGCCUUAACAA